CUAUCUUCACUGACCUGGAUUGAAGAGGGUCCGGAUUGAUUCCACUCAGCUGAGAGGAGAAGACACCACCGCAGAUGGAGUUGGGACCGGGAGGCCGUGGCUGCACGUCAGCGCUGCUGCUCCCGGAGCCGCCGAGCUGGAGGAAGAUCACCGGCCCGCUGGACAAACUGCUGUGAUCAGAUCAUCUUCUGCUGCACCGGGACUGUUGGAGGAAAUAACACCAAGUUGAUUAAAAAUCCUCAGCCUGUGUACAUGGAGCCGGAGGGCGCAGGGUAGGGGGGCAGCAGGGGCCUCCGGGAGAGACCAGAGCUUCAAGACUCAAGUGUAACUCCGCUAAAGCUAAUGGAUCUGAAGAGAGUGUUGUCCUUCCCACCGUACCCUGGGGAUUACCUGCAUCCAGUGGUGUAUGCCUGCACAGCAGUCAUGCUGCUCUGUCUGCUCGUCUCCAUCAUGACCUAUAUUGUCCACCACAGUGUGAUCCGCAUCAGCAGGAAUGGCUGGCACACACUCCUCAACUUCCUCUUUCACACGGGGCUGACGUUUGGAGUUUUUGCCGGGGGCAUCAAUCAGAUCAACUUACCUUUUGUGUGUCAAAUUGUUGGCAUUGUGCUCCACUAUGCUUCUUUGUCCACCAUGCUGUGGCUGACGUUCACUGCAAGGAACAUCUGUAAAGAUGUGUCCAAAGACCCACUGCGGGCCCAGAACAGGAAUGGGCCAGCCCAGACUCGCACCAAACCAACUGUGCUCAGAUUUUAUCUUGUAAGUGAUGGAAUCCCUCUCAUCAUUGUUGGAGUUACAGCAGCAUUUGGGAUGGAUAACUAUGGCAGCAGGGAUGAUGCUUUGUAUUGCUGGAUGGCAUGGGAACCCAGCUUGGGAGGUUUCUAUGCCCCCAUUGGUCUUCUGGUCUUAGUGAUGUCUGUGUACUUCUUGUGCACCUACAUCCAGCUGAAGCGCCACCCAGAGAGAAAGUACGAACUGCGAGUUCUGAGUGAGGAGCAGCAGCAGUUAUCAUCCAGUGAGUCAAACCAUCACUGCCACACUGACACUGGGGGAGUUUCUGGGCCUACUGGGGACUGUCCACCGUUUGCAACAGGUGUGUCGGUGCUGGCCAACGAGCACUCAUUUAAAUCUCAGCUCCGGGCCACAGCCUUCACCCUCUUUCUGUUCCUGGCUACCUGGGCUUUAGGAGCGUUGGCAGUGUCACUGGGACAUUUCCUGGAUAUGAUAUUCAGCUGCCUGUAUGGGGCUUUUUGUGUCACUCUGGGACUCUUCCUUCUCAUUCAGCAUUGUGCCAAACGGGAUGAUGUGUGGCACCGCUGGUGGGCCUGUUGCCCGUCCAAGUCCAAAUCAGAGGAAGGAAAUGGGGACGGACAGAGCCAGAGGCAAGAGGUUCAUCAGCCACACUGCCACCUGAGCUCCCCAUGCUCAGGCAAGCAGCCUUUACUCUCUCCUCACCUUGUGCAGAGUUCUUACCACAAAAUGACACCACCCUCCCAGAGCCCCACACCCAAUCACAAAGGUCCGUGCUGCGUGGCUGUCAUGAGUCCUGUCACGACAACCCCCAUCUCACCUCUUGCUGAGCCAGUGCCCUCACCACGUCCACAGUCGCUCUCUGAUGAGCUCCCUCGUCCUGCUCUGCCUCUGCAGAGCUGCCUUAAUGACAGAACAAAGUCACGCUCCUUCAACCGCCCACGUCCAUGUCUCCAGGACUACCGCUCUCACAUGACUUCUACAAGUAUGGAUGGGAGUGUGCACAGCUCCCACCUGGACAGCCCUCAUGCAGUGCACCACCUUGAAGGCUCACCACUGGUUUCCAGCAGCCCACACCCAGACCUCCAGCUUCCCUGCCCCAGCCCUCUCUUGGAUAAGCAGCUGGCUUCCUGCCACAGCUUGCAACGCCAGAACUCCUGCCACAGCGUACAAGACUCAAUGACUUCCUGUCACAGCCAUGCACACAACAUGCAUGACAGCAUUACUUCCUGUCACAGCCUCCUCCUGCCUUCUCAUGGGGUCCACACCUGCCAGUGGCACAUGUACAGCUCAGCGGAUCACUCUUCCACCACAAGCUGCUACGAGAAACCCGAACCCUUCACCUUGCAGUAUCAACCAGACCCCGACACAUACAGCUGCAUGUCAAAGACAACAGAAAAAGAGAAAGAUAAUCUAUCCAUAGAGGUGGAGCAGAAAGGUUUCCCAAGAAAUACUCUGCCUCGGCAGCAUGGCACUGUGAGCCGGAGAGCCACUAUCGGCCGCAACAGAAGCCUGCAGGAAGAUGGUCUGUUUGGUUCAGACGCUACAGGAAACAUUCGGACUGGCCCUUGGAAGAACGAAACCACCGUAUAGUUUUCUUGUACUUGCCAUAUCUUCCAGCAGCCCUGUACUCAAAUUGCUCCGUAAGUGUUUGGGUCUCAAUGCCUUCAGCUUUGCCCUUAAACCACAGGUUGAGUUUUCAGUGAGGCCUCAUACCCUGAUGAUCUCUCAGAACCCUUUAUGACAAAGUUAUCUUUAAGUGUGUUACUAAUCACUUUCUAUAAGGAAUAUUCAAACACAAGAGUGGUUCAAUUAAUGUUGAAUUAAUAUUCUGCUCCAAGCCAUUUAAAGUUGCAAUCAGUAUUAUGUUGCUCUUUAGGGACACAGUGGCUCAGUGGUGAGCAAGGUCUAAGCAAGAAUGUGUUCUAAUGUUCUAAUGUUGGGUAAUUUACCCAAACUCAAUGGGCAUUAUUACAAACGGAGACCUGAUCCAGAAGGGACUCAAACAGUCGGUCGCAAUCUUAACAGACCCAAAGAUUAUGCCAUCCCCUAAACUUAAUGGGUAUGAAAGUUGAUCACGGCUCAUCAAUGCUACGUUAACCAGCAAUCAUGGACGGAUUAUUAGCCAAUAGGCCUCUGAGCACAGAUAUGCAAAAGGACCCACCACCCCACCUCUCCUAGGUUAUGUCUCUUUUUUUUGUAGUUGUUUUGCCACUCUUAAGUUGUACUUGUCAUACAUCUUUUUGUGGUAUUGUCUCCUUUUGUGGUUGUUUUGUUUAUGGUCGUUUUGUCUCUUCUUGUAAUUGCUUUGUGUCUCUUUGAUUUUGAUUUUGUGUCUUUUUAAUUGCCUGUGUCUCUUUGCAGUCACUUUGACAUGAUUUUUGACGUCAUUUUGUGUCUUUUUGAAGUCAUUUUGUGUCUCUUUGGUUAUUUUUGUCUCUUUGUAGCCAUUUUGGGUCACUUUGAGGUAAUUUUGUGUCUUUCCUGGUUGUUUUUGUCCCUGUAGUCAGUUUGUGUCUUUAGGGUCCGGGCAGCUAAGCUGCCAGGACACUAUUAUAAUCCAAGGUAUUCUUCUUCUUCUUUCUUCUUUCUUCUUCCGAGGAAAUCAUACUUCCCAUGGGUGAAAACUCACCAAACUUUGCACAAAGGUCCAGUCUCAUGCCAGAUAUCCUCAGCUGUAAACUCAAGCCAAUAGUCCUGAUGGUGGCGCUAAGCGUCUAAAGUUCAAAACUUUGAAAAUUCAUAACAAAUCAACCAUACAUGCUACAACUUCACAACUUUCAUCAAACUGUACUGUACAAUACUGAAGAAACUUUUGUACAUUUAAACCUAUUAAAAAUUAUGAAGUUUAUCACUCUGUUUUUUUUUUUCAAAAACUGUAAAACUUCUUAAACCUAUCUCCUCCCACAAUUUUUGCUCAAUUGCCACCAAACUUGCGACAGAGCAUCUUCAGACUGUCCUACAAAAACUAUGUUUCUCAGAUUUUUGAUUUAUCAAAAAUUGAGCCUACAGUGUAUCAAAAUGUAAACGGUACUGUAAACAUAUA